AUGGCAGCUUUACGCAGCAAAUAUGGCGAUAUUCAUAUUCCUGAUAACAUGUCAUUCUAUGAUUUUGUUUCACGUCGAUUUGACAUUAAUGCAAGCAAACCAGCAUUGACUGAUGGAAUUACCGGAGAAACUUAUACUUACGGCCAACUUAAGCAAAUGAUCCAACGAUGUGCAUCAGCGUUAACUCGAUUAGGAUUUCAAUCCGGUGAUAUUAUGUCUAUAGUUAGUUUAAAUUCGUUAGAUUGGUCCAUCAUUUUCUUUGCAGUUAUUGCUCUAGGUGGUAUCGUGACAACAUGUAGUCCCUUAUUUACGCCUGAAGAAUUAAAAUAUCAAUUGGAAGACGCUAAUGCGAAGUAUGUUAUCGUCUCAGAAUGUGCGGCCUCUAAAGUUAAUAAAACCAAUCAUCCGUUUAGGCAUAAAUUUAUAUUUGGCCAUGCUGAAGGUUAUAUUCCGUAUUCAUCUCUAAUUAGGGAUAGCGGCAAUCAAUUUCCAACUCUGGUUGUUAUUAAACCUAAAUCACAUCUUUGCAUUAUUCCAUACUCUAGUGGCACAACCGGUCUUCCUAAAGGUGUUAUGUUAACCCACUACAAUUUGGUUGCUAACUUGACUCAAUAUACUUAUCGUGGCAUGAGAUCAGCUGAUGAUGUCGAUCCAAGUGUUCUUUGCGUCUUACCAUUCUAUCAUAUCUUGGGCAUGUGCUCCAUCCUUUCGCUAUCCCUUUCUAGUGGAUCUCGAGUUGUUAUCUUACCGCGUUUUCAACCCCACUCUUUCCUAGCGGCUAUUGAGAAAUUUCAGGUCACCCGCGUAGCUAUAGUUCCUCCAUUGGCAUUAUUCCUACUCAAUUCACCAUUAGUUGAUCAAUAUAAUCUUUCCAGCUUAAAAAACAUAACAUCAGGUGCUGCUCCACUCGAUACCCAGUUAAUGGAAAGGGUUAAAAUGAAGCUAAAUUUAGACCGAUUCACACAAGGAUAUGGCAUGACGGAAACAGGUCCAACUACUAUUAUUAAUCACUUCUGUAAAGCCAAUACAAAAUUAGGGUCUGUUGGAAAAUUAAUGCCUAGUACAUACUGCAAAGUAGUCGAUCUAAUGACUCAUCAAAUUUUGCCAGCCAAUGUGGCUGGCGAAAUAUGGAUUAAAGGCCCACAAGUUAUGGUGGGCUAUUUAAAUAAACCUCAACAAACGAGGGAAACGAUUAAUUCCGAAGGAUGGUUAAAAACUGGAGAUAUCGGCUACUACGAUGAAGAUGAGGAUUUCUACAUUAUUGAUAGGCUCAAAGAUCUUAUUAAAUAUAAAGGCCAUCAGGUUGCUCCAGCAGAGUUAGAAGCCUUACUCAAAAGUUUUGAUUAUAUUGCCGAUGCAGCUGUCAUUGGUAUACCUGAUACUGUAGCAGGAGAAAUUCCGCGAGCUUAUGUUAUUUUAAAAGACAAGGAAGCGGCAAUAACACCCCAGCAAAUCCAAGAUGAAGUUGCUUCUCGUGUUGCACCCCAUAAAAAAUUACGUGGAGGCAUAGAAAUUACAACAUUCAUCCCUAAGUUAGCAAGUGGUAAAAUCUUACGACGUCAAUUAAAGGAUAAAUAUAAAACCCAAGCUCUUUGCUGCAAGCUAUAG